AUUAAUCUACAAACGAUUGCUGGAAUUCUGUUGGAGCAGCACGAGCUGUGGGAUUUUCUUCACUAUUUUUGUUUAUUCCAAAGGAAUUUUACCAAAAAAUCAAUUAUAUUAACUUUAUUCUUACAAAACAAAUGUUCCUUUGUUAAAACCAGUGAGUAAUAAAAAUGUCUCAACUAAUUAAACCUGAACUCUUCCACCAGCUGAAACGCAGUAAUCCUCUUUUGCAAUUCCAACGUUUUCGGGCAAAAAUCAAUAUCCAACGACCCCGCCAACCUCAUUAUGAAAGGGCCCGAGUAAUAGCCGUCACAACACCCCGCUAUCCAGAACCACCAAAAACCACGAAUUGUUUUGAAAAGAAAUCACGAACGGUACAAGAAAAUCCCUACAAUGACAUCAUUGCCCGUGAGGUCUACAAUUGGCUAAACAACUCCAAGAUGGUUGGUAUCUUCCACAUAAACUCCAUCAAAUCGGAUGAUUACUUUGAUGCUCGUGUCUUGCUGCACAAACAAAACAUGCAAUUGAAACAAUAUGGUCAGAAAAUCAUACGUAAAGCUGUGGAAGGCAACCGUUUCGAGGCUAUAUUGCCGCUAUUCGAUGCCCAAACAUGUCUGUUGUUUUCUCCCGAACCCAGGGUAUCACAAUUGCUAAAAAUUACCCGAAAAAUUCCACAAAUGCUUCUCUUAGCUGGCAUUGUUGAUGAUACAUUACUUAGCCGCAAUGAAUUUAUGCAAUAUGCUCAAAUGCCUGGCCUGCAAUCGGCUCAAGCUGAGCUUGUACAGACACUAAAUAUGGCCGGCACAACGUUGGUACAAAAUCUGGAGGCACAUCAAAAGAAUUUUGUAAAUAUUUUGGAUGUUUAUGCUAAGAGUGAUAGUGAAAGUAGCGACGCCGCUAGCAAACCAGCAGCAACAUCGACAACAAAUAGUGAAGAGAGUAAAAAUUAAUUAUUUCUAAUGUGUUAAAUUGUUACAAAAUAAAAUCAUAAAGAAAUUACAAA